AUGUGCACGCUGUGGCCGUCUCAACUUCUCUCCUGCUUGCUUCCCCCUCCUCCCCCCUCCCCCCCUUCGGUUCGUUACAUCUUUACUUACCAGUGUCACCAUCCAAGGCCAAGUUUACGAGCGACGGGACCCGAUCUCUCCGGCGACCUGAUCAACAGAUUGAAUGCAACCCUCUCUCAUGAGAUUUUCCGAGUGGCUGAACCGAGAUGUGUUAAUGUAGCUCUGCACGAUUCUUUACCCUCCUUUGGCAGCUACCUCGCCAUCUGUGUAGAAUUAGUCGAAUAUCUUAGCCAACACUCCCGACUCAAGUCCGAGAGCUCCGGCCGCUCCAUCCGGUCGCACCGGACACCGACGACCAAUAAAGAUCUCACUCCCACGAUUCGGGCUUUACGUCAAAUGAAGCUUUCCCUGUCUGAGUCCACAGCCCCUCGAGGCAAGCCCACUUUUUCCUUCCUUUGUUGCGCUCUUCUCUCUUUCGUUCUUUUUUCCCCCUAUCCCCACCGAAUUAGCUAUUUGCGUCCCCGUUUUGCCGCACGCACAUUGAGGAAAAUUUCAACGACCUAA